AUUGUUGUUAGAAUUAACUCCCUUUGAUUAUGGACGUCGGGGAAACAUUUCAAGAUGACUUCAAGACACCCUCGUCAUCUCAGACUCUGUUCCCACUGUCGAGUACAAGUAUAAAGGAACUUGAAAAACAUACACUAUUUCCCGUGGGCAGUGAACCUACCGCCCUUCCCAAUGAAGACACGGGAGGGGGAGGCCUGGACUGGCUCAGCAACCCGAGUUACGGAGAUGCAGCUGUGGCGUCGGUCGUGGAGCUGCAGGAAGCCAUUGCAGAGCACCAUGCCGCCAGUGUCCAGUCAGAAAACAGAUGUUCCAAUGCAGCAAGAGAGACAAGUGAAGGAGGUAGCGAUGACAAGGAGUCUCAAGGUACGGCCGACCCAGGUGACGAGGGUCCAGCCCGCCACAGCAGGCAAAAAGCCAAACAUAAACACAAGCAUAAGAAAAACAAAGUCAAGAAAAAAGAACUUGCGGUAUCUUCAAGAGUAGGAUCCCAGUUGUCAGAGAAGGUGACAGUCAGCACCAAGAAGGUGUUCAUAGAGGAGAUGUCUGGUCUGGAGCCCGAGGAUGCUUUCAGGAUAGACCGCAAACGUGACAAGGAUCUGUGGACAUACGAGUGCCUCUUCAAGGCUCACAUAGCUGGCUACAGGAGACUCGGACACUCUGCACUCGGGCUGCAGGGGAACCUGGAUCUUUUUAAACAUGAGAAAAACUCAAGUAAGAAAGCCGAGGCAGUUAGGUAUUGCCAGAAGAGAAGCAGAGCACUGCUGAGGAAGGUGGGAGAGAAGGUGAGGCAUGUCGAUCGGGAGGCCGGUCAGGUUCAGUACAUUCCCCUUGGCGGGGUGACAGACACUGCUACUGACCCUCUCCGGGUGUUGGACGAAGCCACCAGGCAGUACGUCCAGGGGAGGGGCACGGAGGAGGCUGGUGAGACGGAAGAGACACAGCUCGAUGAUGAGAUUCUCCAGCAGGUGGCCAGGUACAACAAGAACCUCAGGGAAAAUACAAGCGAUGUAAAACUCUGGCUGGAGUUUGUGAAGUUCCAGGACCAAGUGUUCCGUGGGGAUUCCUGGCGGAGGGGAGGGCUGUCCCAGGCAGUGAUUGACAAGAAGCUGGCCAUCCUGGAGAGGGCGCUGUCGGACAACCCUGGCUGCCUGGACCUGAAGCUGGCGCAGCUGGAGGUGUGCGAGGAUGUGUGGGGCACGGAGCGACUGGCGCAGGAGUGGGACCAGCUGCUGUUUGUUCACUCCGCCAACACCAAGUUGUGGCACAGCUAUCUCCUGUAUCAGCAGUCCAGACUCACAUCCUUCUCCGUCCCUAAACUCAUCAAGCUCUACCACAAGUGUUUCCGCGUGCUGACAGCGGUUGUGGAGGGGAACAUGCAGACAGCCCGGCCGACAGAUGUGCCAGACUCGGCCCUCAUGGACGUGUUUGUCCAGUACUGUAUGUUCCUGCAUCAAGUGGGUCACACCGAGCGAGCCGUGGCCUCGUACCAGGCCAUCAUCGAGUUCAACCUCUUCUGUCCCCCCAACCUCACGGACACCAUGACGGGGGACCGGGCGGCCGUGUUUGAGAGUUUCUGGGACAGCAGCAUUGCUCGGUUUGGGGAGCCAGGAGCGGCAGGCUGGGGCGCCUGGAGGAGCAGGGACAAGAUGGUGGCAGAGACGGGGGGCGUCACGGCAGACCCGACUGAAGAAGCUGAGGAAGCUAUCAUAUCAAAACAGAUGCCGACAUGGAAAACUUGGUUAGAAAUUGAGACAUUACGUGAAAACUCCCAUUGGCUGCCAUGGCGACCAGAUCUGUCAAAGAAUGAAACGGAGGAAGACUGUGAGGAUCUGGAGCGACUGGUUCUGGUAGACGACAUCACACCAGUGUUGUUCCGAGUAGCGGAGCCAGAAGCUCAGUUCCGCCUUGUCCUGUGUCUGCUCCGCCAGCUGGGCGUGGCCACGUGGGACGUCCUGUCUCAGCUGUGUCUGCAGCAACAGGAGGGGACCUCAGCAUCUUCCAUGCAGCUGUCCCUCCACAAGAUGUGCCAGUUGCCAUGGUUACCAGCUGCAAGGAGCCCCGACCUGGAGGGAGCUGACGACCAGAGUGAGACGUUACAGAGAUUUAUUCACCAGACCCUCGCCCAGGCAGUCAGAGUGUUCCGGGGACAGAGUCAGACGGUCUUCACGCUGCUUCUGAUUCAGACUGAAUGGAGGAAACACGGAGUUGAUUCUCCAAGAGACUUGCCUAAACACAAAUCGAAGGUGCUCAGAAAGUUUGUGAAAAAUCUGCUAAAGGAAGGUCACAACCGCAAUAACCUGACUGUGUGGAACGCGUACGCCUGCCUGGAGCACGAGCUGGGGAGGAACCAGGACGCCGUGGGGGUGGUGGAGACAGCUCUAGCAAUGUUCAGUGGGGGCAGCAGUGAGGACAAGUCCGGCCUGUGUCUCCUGUACCAGACCUACUGCCAGCUCCUCCUCCAUGUCACACAGCACCUCCAUGCAGACCUCACACAAAAGCAGAUAGACGUGUCACAACAACAGAAGACAAGGCUCAUGUUCUGCCUCACUUCUCUAGCUGAAGGUACAAAGUUCCAACUUCUGAAGGAGCCGCCUUUGACUACAAGCACUAUGUUGAGAACACGGCGCAAGCUGAAGACUCAGGUCACGGAUCUUGCCAGGACACUCUGCAAAGCAGAGUCCGCUCACGGUGAAGGUAACACCAGAGUUUUCCAUCACCUUCUGAGUCAACUGAACUGUCUGGCCAUGUUUGAACUGUGUUCCAGUGGCCUCGAGGCUGCCAUGUCUAACUACCAAGAUGUCCUUCUGUUAUUGGAUGGCAGCAAGUCUUCAGCCCCGAGCCAACCUCUCGUGGCCGUCCGGGAGAAUAUCUACAGGUCGCAGUGGAUCCUGCUCCGCCACCAAAUGUCAGUCGGGGCAGUGCCUCUCAGCCAGCUGCGGGUUGUGAUAGACAGAGCCCUGCAGGAGUUCCCCGACAGCUCAGCCUUCCUCCAGUGCCUGGUGGACCUCGAGGCCAGGUCCCACAUCGUAGGGCGUCUGCGGCGCUACAUGGACAGAGCUUUAGUGAAUCCUGCAUCUCCUGUACCACUCCUCCAUACUGUGCUGGUUGAAGUAGUGAGACUCACCUCUCUACAGCAGGUGGCACAAACAGACAGUUACAGUACCACUGGCGUGAUGCACCGAGUGCGGAGUGUGUUGGAGCGCGGGACACAGAGCUCGGCCUCACAACACUGCCCCCUGGUGUGGAGGCUGUACAGCCAUGUAGAGAGCAAAUUUGGGGACAGAGAGCGAGCUAAAGGAAUAUUCUACAGAGCCCUGCAGCAGUGUCCUUGGUCCAAGGUGCUGUACAAGGAUGGGGUGCGUCUGUUUGGCCAGAGUCAGCUGCAGGAGAUGGUCGACCUCAUGACAGAGAAGGAGCUACGUGUUCAGAUCCCAGUGGAGGAACUAGAUCUGUUGUGUCAGUCUGACCCUGUUCCUCACAGUCCACAGGAGGAGGAGAUGGUUGAAGUCUGACCCUGUUCCUCUAUGUACAGAAGGACAUGUCUUGUUUCGGAGCCCAUUGUCUUGGCACCAUGCUAAUUAAAAGGGCCAUAUUGGACUCUCAUUUGAACUGUGAUAACUUUUUAUAAAUAAAGUCUCAAAACAA